CUGUGUUGUUCUACAAAAUACUGAGAGUUCUGUUCACAGAUGCAUGUAAGCUUUUAUUGCAUCCCAUUUCUCUUUCUGAUGACUUGUACAAUGACUGAUGGGCACCGCAGGUCAUUCAAGGGAUUCUGGAUGUUGAAAGUGGAGCUGUCAUGUCUGUGUGUUGCUCGGUCAUCAAUGGCCUCAUUGACCAGAACACAGGACUUGGUCUACUAGAGGCUCAACUUAUAACCAAUGGGAUCAUUUGGCCUGAACGGCACUUGUGCAUGGACUUGGAGGAUGCGUUUGAGAACAAUCUUGUGGAUUACACAAUGUUCAAGCAACUGGAAGACUUGGAUAAAGCUAAAAAAUGUGUUCAGGACCCCCAGUUUGCGUUAGAACCAUUGCCAGUUGUUGCAGCCCUGGAAAAUGGGGCUAUAUCUGUGCAAACAGCUAUAAAGAUCAUUGAAAUCCAGCUAGCGACUGGAGGGUUAAGAUACACCGGUGAUAUCCUACAUCUGGAAAGGGCUUUUCAACUUGGCCUGAUACCCGACUCACUCUUUACCCAGAUGUCAGAGAGAAAGGACACUUGGCAGGACUUGAUUGACCCCAACACUGCAGAAAGAGUCACACUUAGUCAGCUCGUGAAGAGGAGCCUGAUUCACGAGCCGACGAGACUUCGCCUGCUUCCGGUGAAAUGUGGAAAAGAUGGAACUAUAUCUGGGGGAGAGAUUAAUGUUAUGAAAGCUAUGCGCGAGUUUGCAGGAGGCAUAGUUGAACCCAACACCGGCCAAAAGCUGACCGUUGAGGAAGCCUUAUCUGAGGGUCUGAUUGAUCUGGACACUGCAAGUGAGAUAUUAAGCCAUCAGACCCAAAAUGGUGGCAUCGUUAAUCCUUGCAACGGGGCGAGACUUACAGUCGACGAGGCCGUCCAGUGUGACUUAAUUAGCUCGAGCAGUGCGUUGUUAGUUUUGGAGAGACAGAAAGCAUUCAUGGGUCUCCUUUGGCCCAACGCUGGUGAAAUCCUCUCUUUCUCCACCUCUCUUCAGCAAAAUAUAAUCACGGAAAAACUUGCAUGGGAACUGCUGCAUAACCGGCAGAACAUAACAGCCUUGUACGUACCUGAAACCUCUGAGGUAGUUGAUGUCGACUCUGCCGUGGAGAAUAACUUGAUUGAGACGUUUACAAAAGAGUUGUUGAAGACAAUAGAAAUCCCAGAUGUUUUACCUGAACUGAAUAACAGAUUCUCAUCAUGGCUGGUAAUGCGGGAGCUACAAACGGAAGGAUCUUGUACAUCCGGUGAAGAAACGAGUGACAAAAACAGCACAGAUGCGCCAUCUCUCUCUGAGGCCAAACAGUUGUUUAUUUCCUACCUCAUGAUGAAUAGCUAUAUGGAUCCAACGUCAGGCCAAAGGCUGUUGAUCUUUGACCACCAGUUAAAUAAAAUGGCAAAAUUACUCUUUGAAGCAUCAGAUGAUAUUAGCGGCCUUCAUGUGGAUAAUAUUUCCGAAGAGUCUGCACUGAACAGCUGCAUCCCUAACACUGACAACGAUUGUCUGGAAACUGAUUAUGAUGUGUUGGGAGAAUUGCAAAUUUGUGAACCUUUGGAAAACCCAACAGAAGAAGAACAUAAAGUAGUGAAUGUAAACGUAUUACACAAUUACCUAGAGCCUACUCUACCCGUUGACUCUGGUGGAAACACCUUAGCAACAGAUCAGAAUGGUUUCCAACAUGGGACUGUAAUUGAAAUGAACAAACUGCCUGAGGUUUCUGCAUGUUCAUGCACAGAGUUACCACAUACAGCCUUUUCUAUAGCAGCAACUGCCACAAGCUUGUGCUCGAUAGUAGCUGAUUCUGAAUGUGAUGAUGUCGUUAACGGCCGAGAAAAACAUUUGAGUGCCAGUGAAACAACCAACUAUACUGAUAUACCCUCUGAAUUCCCUCACACAGACGAUGUGUGGGGUGACAGAGAUUACGCCGUCCAUCUUCUUAGGGCACAAGUAGAGGAAGAUGGGAUUUUAGAUGUCACCUCUGGAAAACGGUAUGACCUUCAAGGUGCUCAUGAUAAAGGCCUUAUUGAUGAAGAGACUGUCUUCGAGAUACUUGCGUUGCAGCUUAAAGGGGAUGGUUUGAAAGAUAACAAAAGUGAUUUAUUGUCAGUUUUGAACACUUUUGUCAACAAAGGCUCAAGUAAAAUAGCCCUACAGAUCAUGGAAAAGCGUGGUUUCUAUGAUGCAGCAGUUGGAAAAACCAUUAGCGUUUGUGAUGCUUUAGAGAGGGGUCUGAUUACUGAUGAUAUUAGCAGAAGUGUUCUCUGUUCAGAGGCACUCAGCAUUGAUCCAGAGGCAAAGUGUGUGCUCGGUGUAAAUGAUGCCCUCCAGUCGGGAAUGUUGGAUGAUGAAGAGCCUGAGAUAAUGCAACAUUCACAGCAGGACGAAAGGCUAGACAUUAUGGCGCUUGACUCAGCAAAAGGAGGUCAAAUAAGCUCAAGAUCAGAUGAAACCAUGCAGGAAUCUACAGACAUAUCAGGUGUGAGCAGUAGUCAGGAUCUUCUGCUAUCCAGCAUUUGUGACGGUCCGUCUAAAGAUACUGUGUAUGAUGAUGUAUCCGAGACUCUUGGAUUAGGGGGGGAUUGUGGUGUACGUUUCAAGACUAUGGAUACUAACAAUGAGAUGAGCACCACAAAUGAAAGAAAAAGCAUUUUCACUUUGGAAGGAAAUGAAUCAAAAAGGCCAAAUGACACCUUUGUCGUUGGUGUUUCUUGUGAAACUGGAAGUCCUUCAUCGUGUGUCGGAGAGGGGGCAUAUCUUGAGACUAUAGCCAGUCAAGUUGUUAUCCCUGUACAGAGUGGCUCUGCGAUAUCAUGUUCGUCACAAAGUGAUGUUUGCUCUGAUCAAAGAAAAUCAGAGAGUGUACUUAAUCCUGAACCGGAAUUCAAGAGGUCCAAGGUGGAGUCUGCGAUAACAAACACACUUUUUGACAAAGGGCUCUCGGGGAGCUUGAGCACUUUGCCACCAAAUGUUAAAACACUAGCAGAAGCAGAUUUACAUGGAGCAAAUAUCCCAUCACCAAUGGAGAUUGCAACCGAGGUGAAUUUAAGUACUGAUGGUCACUGUGUACUAGCUCAAAAUUCGCUGAAUGAGAAAGUAUCGUUUCAGACCAAUAAAUCAUAUGAAGCUGAAUACUCCAAUAAUACAAAUCAUGAGCAUUCUGAUGAGGGUCCAGUACCAUUUUUCACAGAGAACAGAGUAAAUGUCUCGGUUAGUUAUGAGGAAAUGUCCGAAAUGUUCAGAAAUGCACCAAUAACAACACCUGAGCCUAGAGGGAUCUGUACAGAAAGCAGUAUUGACUGUAAUGUAGAGCAAAAUGGUGACAUUGACAACUCUAUAGGUUUCAAAGGAUCAGAGAACACACUUCAACUCAACUUGAAGGAUUUAGCUGGAUCAACAGUAAAUCCCAAGCCAUUACCUCUUGAAAUUGCUAUUAACUCUAGUCAAGAUGAUUCAAGCGGAGGUAAAACACAACACCCAAGCGAGCAAAGCAAGUGUUGUUAUGAAGUAGCCUCAAAGGACACUGCAAUAGCCAAAUCAGCUGAUUCCGACUUUAAAAGUGGCAAUGAUAAACAUGUAAAAUACUUCGUAGACACUUCAGGUCAUUGUUCAGAAGAGAUGUACACAGAAUCCAAUGAAUUGCAGACUGACCCCCAAAAGCCGAGUCCUACUGUCAGAGCCAUUCUUGAUCAGAAUAGUGAGGACAUCUUCAAACAGUCUCAGGGUAGAGAUACAGUGGUUGCUGAAGAUGCACUCCAAGAUAACCUUCAUUUACCUCAAAUGGCAAGGGCCACAGAUGAAAGUGCACCAGAAUCAAUGGGAAGUAGGGAUUUCUUAAAUGAGCUCAUCCAAAUGAAGAUGGAUGGAGCAAGUGUGAACGAAACUCAAAAACAAGGCCAAGCCAUUAAUGGCGUUAUACUUACAUUUCCAGCCAAUCAUCCCAGCUCAAAUGAGAGAAUCAGGGAUCCAGAUAUCCUCCUGGAUUUGAAAACACACGAAGGACUCGAUUCAAGAGAAGUUGAGAGUAAUGAUGAAUCAAAGCGUCAGACUGAUGUACUGGAUAUGAUUCAGGGCAUCUCCACUAGUAGAGGUCAAGAAAUGCUCAAGGAUGUGGGUCUUUUGGGAGACACUGUCCUUGCAGAUGAAAGUAUGGAUGCUAAAAACAAGAUCCCAACCACAGAUGAUACCACCAACUCUAACUUCCAGGUCUCUGUGGCCGAUUGUCCAAACAUAAGGCAGGCAGAAGAAGUAAAACCCAGAAGAUAUUCCACCCAGAAUUACUUGGAAUGGGUCGGGAGACUUCAGGAUCAUUGCGAUACUCUUGAAGAUAUAAGAAGCGGCCUGCAAGGCAGUGGUUCCUUAGCAGAAAACAUUGAGGGCUUGCAUUGUCAGUUUGAGGAAGUUCAGAUCCAAUUGGAAAGCUCCUAUCAGGAUUUGGUAAGCUCUCUUGAUAAGAUAUCAGCUUGUAUACAAGAUGAUUCUGCGAGGGUGUCUAAGCUUGAUAUCAUGGAUACUGAUGACACAGAAAGAAUUAAGAUCAAGAUUCAGCAAAUUAAGGACACAGAGAAGGACUUGUCAGGAACCCGACAGCUCCUGGAAGAUGCUGCUUUUGAUAUCCAAAACUUCAUUUCUGAGCAUGCUCAGUUCCUGAGUCCUGCUCACAGCAGACAUCUUCUAAGGGCUCUCAGCACUACCCAGAGAUCUUUCAAAGACCUCACGGACAGAGUGUUCACUCGGAGACAAACUCUGGAGGUCCACUUGGAGAUCCGUGAGGAUGAGAGUCGGCAGCAGGUUUGAGAGAGAUCACACUGACCGUUGACGUUUCACAUGAAAAUGCAUGGAGAUGCUUCUAAAAGUGGUUGAUUUGAUGUGUGGUGUGUUUUGACGUGAACCCUCUGGGGUUCAAGGUGUUUUUGGGGUGCUUGAGAUGUUUUGACAUGCCUGACAUUUGUGCCUUUUCAAACAUAUUAAU